AACAUAUAAUAUUUCAAUACAAUAUUUUCAUUAUUAUACCAUAUACAAAAUUUGACAUGAAAUUUUUGCUAAGAAUUAUAUUGUCCCUUUCAACUAAUGUCAUUUUCAAAUUGUUAUAGCAUAUUCUAAAAAAAAAAAAUAUAGACAAAAUUUAUAAAUAAAUCUAUGUAUGUGCCAACUUCUCUUCAAACUAUAAUCAAAUAUUGAUAUGGAGCACCAAAACCCCUCCGACGAAAAACCACUCACUCUCCCGGCCAAACUCCUCCACCAACUCCGAACCAAUCUACUCUUCAACUCCAAAUGGGCUGAGCUCAAUGGCGCCAUGGGAGACCUAGGCACUUACAUACCCAUCAUUCUUGCCCUCACUUUAGCCAGAGAUCUCAACCUCGGCACCACCCUUAUCUUCACCGGAAUCUACAACAUAAUCACAGGCGCCAUCUACGGCGUCCCCAUGCCCGUCCAACCAAUGAAAUCCAUAGCUGCUGUAGCUUUAUCAAACCCCGAUUUUGGUAUUCCGGAGAUUAUGGCUGCCGGGAUCUUAACGGGGGGAGUCCUUUUUGUUCUGGGUGUUACUGGGCUAAUGCAACUCGUUUACAAGCUGAUUCCAUUGAGUGUCGUUCGUGGGAUUCAGCUUGCUCAGGGGUUGUCGUUUGCCAUGACUGCGGUGAAAUAUGUACGGAAUAUUCAGAACUUGCCUAAAUCGAAAUCGAUUGGCAAAAGGCCAUGGAUGGGUUUGGAUGGACUCAUUUUGGCUCUUGUUUGUGCUUGUUUCAUUGUCGUUAUUAAUGGCGCCGGGGAAGAACAGAGAACCCGAAAUUCAAAUUCAAAUUCAAAUACUAGAGAAGAUCAAGAACAAGAAAUUCUACCCAUUAACCGAUUCGAUAAGUUUAAGAAAAAGUUUAAGUUGGUUUCGAUUCCUUCUGCAUUUUUAGUGUUCUUAUUAGGUGUCGUUUUUGCUUUCGUAAGAAAACCCAAACUCGUAAACGACAUCCAUUUCGGUCCUUCACAAAUUGAGGUUGUGAGAAUCACGCGCCGCGCGUGGAAGGACGGGUUCGUAAAGGGAACAAUCCCUCAACUUCCUCUUUCCGUUCUGAACUCCGUCAUCGCCGUCUGCAAGCUCUCUUCGGACCUCUUUCCCGGGAAGGAUUUCACGGCGACUUCAGUUUCCGUGACGGUGGGGUUGAUGAACGUGGUGGGGUGCUGGUUCGGGGCCAUGCCGUGCUGCCACGGCGCAGGGGGGUUGGCGGGUCAGUACAAGUUCGGCGGAAGAAGCGGCGCGUGCGUGGCUAUACUCGGCGCGUGUAAGUCGACGCUUGGGUUGGUGAUGGGGACGUCGCUGGUGGCGAUACUGAGUGAAUUCCCGGUUGGGGUUUUGGGGGUUUUGCUGUUGUUUGCGGGGAUUGAGCUUGCGAUUACUUCGAGGGAUAUGAGGAGUAAAGAGGAGUCGUUUGUGGUGCUCGUAUGUACGGCGGUGUCUCUCGUCGGAUCUAGUGCGGCGUUGGGUUUCGUUUGUGGUUUUUUCGUUUAUGGGGUUUUGUGUCUUAGAAAAUUGGGAUCGGGAAAGUCUUUUUCUGAGAUAUGGAUGAAUGGGAGUGAGACUCUCUAAAGCUAGCUUUAAAUUUUAAAAGAGAAGUGAUUUUUAUGAAUUUUUUCACUUAUAAAACUUGUGUAUGAACAAGAUUGUAUAAAUUUAAAAUAAUAUAAAAAUAAUACUUUGUAUUUUUUUAUAAAUAAAAA